AUGUUACCUCAAGCCUCAAGCAACAGGGUGUUUCGAUCAGAAGCCGUGUAUUUUGUUUGCAAGCUGGACCGCUCCAGCCAGUACAGCCGCAGCAGCUGCAGCGACUUCGACCACCUCGGCACCACCAGCAACGGCGGUCGCGCCGCCGUCUACGAGACCCCGCGCGACCGCGACCUCGACCUCGCCAAGGAGAUGCGCACACAGAAGUUCCUCGUCGCCGUCGUGACAGCGUUCGGCCUUUGUUUGUGUCCGCUGAUGAUCCUGCGAUUGGCCCGAUUGGCGCUCAUCGAGACCUACGACAACAGCGGCCAUUUCGACGUCACUUACGCCAUCUUCGUGUGGAUCGCGUUCGCGCCCACUUGCGCGACGCCAAUGAUGUUCGCCGCCUGGCAGAUGUCUGGGUCGCGCAUGGACAGGCUGCGCGGCUACUUCCGCUUCAGCGACCGCAAGUCGCGCCGCCACUCCAGCGACACGGUAACUACGACGGCGACGGGGACGCCGGCGCUGGCCGCCCGUCCGCCGCCGCGACGCCUCCCGCGCGACCUGCCGCCGCCGGAAGAGGGAGGAGCCUCCGACUCGUACGGCUCGCCGCACGAGACGAGCCCGACCUGA